AUGUCGGGAAACAAAGAAGAAGAGGACCCUCGUAUCAACGGAAUCAAAACAAAGAUCCGCGUUGUUCCAGAUUUUCCCAAGAAAGGAAUAAUGUUUCAAGACAUAACAACAGUGCUGUUGGAUCCGAAAGCCUUCAAAGAUACAAUUGAUCUAUUUGUUGAGAGAUACAGAGACAAGAACAUCUCAGUGGUUGCAGGAAUAGAGGCUCGAGGUUUCCUAUUCGGUCCACCAAUCGCAUUAGCCAUUGGUGCAAAGUUCGUUCCUCUCCGGAAACCCAAGAAGCUGCCAGGUGAAACAAUAUUUGAAGAAUACGAGUUGGAGUACGGAAAUGACCGGUUAGAGAUGCACGUUGGAGCUGUUGAGGUUGGAGAGCGAACUUUGAUCGUUGAUGAUCUAAUUGCGACGGGUGGGACUCUCUGCGCAGCCAUUAACUUGCUUGAGAGGGUCGGGGCAGAAGUUGUGGAAUGUGCAUGUGUGAUCGAGUUACCUGAAUUACAGGGAAAGCAGAGACUCAAGGGGAAGCCAUUAUGUAUGCUUGUGGAGUAUCGAUGAUAAUUUUAGCUGAGACAUUUGGAUUCAUGAUUUGGUUAAUUAAUUAUUGGAUAUGAACCGAAACUUCG